UAGCCUGGCAUAGGAUUUAAUUCAUGGAGUCUUUUCCAAAGCAUUAAGAACCCAAGCACUUCUUAUAAAUAUAAAGUCAACCAAAUGUUUUUUGAAGGUUCAAAUAGCUCUCUCAUUCAUUUUUAUAAUUUUUAUAAAAAAGACAGAGGCGGCAUUAUGUGGGGUUAUCUUUUGUCCUAAUGAAUGGGCAGCUGAUGAUUGAAGAGCCAUUCAUUGCCCAGUCCUGACACUGCCUUUCCCCAUUGGGUCUCUGUGAGAGUCACAUGUUUUGGGCAUCUUUGAAAAGAAUCUUGAAAUGAGCCUGGACAUCUCACUUGAGUCUCCCGAGUCCCAGCUAGAACUGUGGUGAACAGUCAUCCACCACAAUGUGCAAAAAAUUCCUGGGCACCUGGAAACUUGUCUCCAGUGAGAACUUUGAUGAGUACAUGAAAGCUCUGGGUGUGGGGUUAGCCACCAGAAAACUGGGAAAUUUGGCCAAGCCCAGAGUGAUCAUCAGCAAGAAAGGGGACAUUAUAACUAUAAGAACAGAAAGUACCUUUAAAAAUACAGAGAUCUCCUUCAAGCUAGGUCAGGAAUUUGAAGAAACCACAGCUGAUAAUAGGAAAACAAAGAGCAUUGUAACCUUGGAGAGAGGCUCACUGAAUCACGUACAGAAAUGGGAUGGCAAAGAGACAACAAUAAAGAGAAAGUUAGUGGACGGAAAAAUGGUUGUGGAAUGUAUGAUUAAGGGUAUAGCCUGCACCAGAAUCUACGAGAAGGUCUGAGAAAAUCGUCUCCUCAUUGAAGUGGUAUUUGAUCAUUUGAUUUCGGAAAUCACCUGCUUCCACUGGCAAAGCCUGACUACGCUGCAGAUUAUUUUUGCUUUUGUCUUAAUGUGUCAGAUAGGAAAAGCCCUAAACUGAGAAUUAAUCUAAUGUUGAGCACUGUUUAAACAUUUUCAACUUGGAUGCAUAUCUUUACUGCAAUAGAGCAUGCAUAUUGGCCAGACCUAAAUAGUUGGUUAUGUCAUUAAAUUAUCGGAGAAAUUCUAAUUUAUGUUGUAAGUUGUAUAUUUGAAAUGAUAGCUGAAGGAAGAUUGGUAUUAGAAUUGAUCAGGGAUAGCAAACUCAAAUGCCUUCAGGGGCCAGGAGAAUAAUAUAGCAAAAGAUUCAGAAGUAAGGUGAUCUAGUAGGAGGAGGAGUUGUUGUGAAUUAGGAGUUUUUGUCUGUACAAAAAAGGAGCAGAUUCUAUUCUACUCCAGACAAUUUUUAAAAAUUGAGGUGUGAUUUACAGACAGUGAAAUGCACAGAUAUUAAGAAGGGUAGAGUUUGCUCUAUUUUGACAAAAGGCAUGCAUCCAUACAACUCAGAUCUUGAUGAAGAUAUAGAACAUUUCCUUAAUCCCAGAAAGUUCCCUACUGCCCCUUUCUAACCAAUGUCCUUCCCCCAACCUAACCCUCACCAAAGGCAACCAGUGAUUUAGUUUCUAUCGCCACAGAUUAGUUCUUGAAUUCAUACAAAUGGGAACAUACAUGAUGUCCUCUUUCCUGUUUGCCUUUUUAAAUUCAGCAUAAUGUUUGUAAGAGUCAUCUAUAUUGUUGCAUGUAGCAAUAGUCUGUUCCUUUUAUUGCUGUGUAGUACGAUUUUGUAUGAAUAUAUCACAGUGACCGAUUUAUCUAUUCUCCUGUUAAGACAAUUGGGCUG